GUACCUGCAGGAAGUAGGAUACACAGACACCAUCCUGGACGUCCGCACUCAGAGGGUCCGCUCUCUGCUCGGCCUGUCAGGCUCUGAGCAGAACGGAUCUGUGGAGAACAAGAACCUGCAGCACCUCAUCAACGGGACAGAGCGCCGCAAGGACAGCAAGAGGAGUCCAGGAGAUGUUCUGGAGACGUUCAACUUCCUGGAGAACGCAGAGGACAGCGACGAAGAUGAGGACGAGGAGGGAGACCUGAUGGACGACAUCAGCACCGACAAACACCACCGAGCCAAGAAACACAAGACCAAGGUCGGGAACGAGGGACUGGCGUCGGAGGACGACGCCGACACGGAGGAGGCUCUGAAGGAGUUUGACUUCCUGGUGACGGCGGAGGACGGCGAGGGAGCGGGCGAGGCUCGGAGCUCCGGAGACGGGACAGAGUGGGGUGAGAGACACGGGACAAAAACAUACCUGACU